GCCCCGACUCCCGAGAGCUUUCUGGGUUUUCCGACUUCUCGGCGACCGACGGUAGCGGCGACUUCCUCUCAACGUCAGAAACGUAUCUGUGGUUUCAGAUAGGCCCAACAACCAAGCAUGAGAGAGAAUCGAAGGUUUGAAGUUCUUUGGGGUUUCCGGUGAGUUGCCAGGCGACCUUUGGUUUCAACUCAGGUAUCAAAGUUGGUCAGUUCGUCGAGCUCUACCUCUCUGUAUAAUUAAAUUUGAGUUUUGAUUAAGGUUUGAAGAAUUGGGAUAUUUUGAAGUUUUUGGUUCUUUCGGGUUCUCUGUUGUAUGUGAUGAUUUUGGGUUUCGAUCAACUUAUUUGUUCUUAACAGAAGCUUUGGGAACACUAAUUACUUGUUAGUUAUGCUUGAAUUCAAGAAAUGGAAGAGUUGGGUAUUUGAAGGUUGCUCCGCGCUUAUAUAUUUGAUUAAAAUGAGAGAGAGAGAGAGAGAGAGAGAGCGAGAGAUGAAGGCCAGGACCUCCUUUCAAUUCUUCAGCUCAAUUUAGGCGGGUCUGGUACUGGGCCUGCUUAAAACAAAUUUCAACCCGACCCGGCCCUUUUCAUAGCGGCAUAAAAGCGUUUAGAAACCUCUCGAUCACGCGCCACAUUACUGGAAGCCCUAAUUCUGGAUUGGAAUGGCGGUGGUUGGCGAAAGCUCUUCGGCUCCGCCGGAACAGAAGCCGGUGAUCGUUAGGGUCAAGCGCAAAGCCAACCAGUCUCCAAUCGACGCUUUCUGGCUUGAAAUCAAUGAGAGGCCACCCAAGCGUCCACUUUUGGAUUUGGCCAACCUUUCACUCUCUGAUUCAUCUCCAAAAGCAGCAGCAGAAGAAUUGAAGGCGAAGAAGGUUUUCGUGCAGCAUGUAGAGACUGUAAGCAGCUUUGACACCACCAUUGACAUUGUCAAAUCAUUUGUGGACCCUACUACGGAUCAAGUGUUUGAAAGUAAAACAAAGGGUGAAGAACGGAGACACUCUUUAAAAAAUGACAAUAAACAAGAGAAGAUUUUGUCUAAAGCCAGACAGACGCAAGAGGUUGUAGCAAAAAAUGCCCGUUUUGAACAAAUAUGGAGGAGCCGAAAGGGAAAGACAGAAGAAUCCGAUAAAUUACAGGACAUGUGUCAUUUCUAUGAUGUUCUUCGUGUUGAUGCCGAUGAAAGAUCUAAUGAACUGAAACAACAGGAAGAGUUAUCUUUGGAGGACCAGAGGAUUUUGCAGAGUUACUUGCCUCUACUCAGAGAAUUCAUCCCAAGUGCGGCUUUAGAGGUUGAAUCAGAUUUGCAUGCUCAAAAACAAGAAUCUGAAGAUGAGUAUGUAUAUGAUGUCUAUGCUGUGAAUGAUGAAAUGGAUAUAGCGGAUGAAGAUUCUUCCCACCCAUUUCCUUUAGUGCAAGUUGAUGAUGAGGAUUUCUAUGAUGUGCCUGAUGAAUCAGAACAUGACACUGAGGAUUCAAAUGAUGAAAACAAUCCAAAUUUUGAUUACCCGGAUGAGGAAUUUGAAGAUGAAGAAGAGGAAUCGGACAGUGAAGCAUCUGAUAAUGAAUCAAAAGAUGAGAGUGCCAGUGACAAAUCCUUAGAAUCCAAGGAUUUAGAGGAACAUGUCAUUUCAGGAGAUGAUCUUUCUUUGGAUUAUGAUGAUGGUGGUGAUGAUGGGGAUGAUGGUGAAAACUGGAUGUGAACGUCAGCUUUUGUGUACACGAUGACUUGGAUCAUUCUACUCUGUGGAUAUUGCUUUUGCACAAGUACAUCAAUUCUCAAAUGUUAAGUAUGAAUUAGUGGUUAGAUGUGUGAUGAUGUGAAUACGAAUUCCCUCAACUUAUUAUGCUGUUAACACCCCAGAUCGAUCUAGUAGUGGUAGGUUAGGGCACGGAAAACCUUUCUUCUCAUUAUAGGAGGUCCAUCUUUUCAGUGAUUAACCUAGUUAGAAAAUGGGAGAUUUAUGUGGACUUAUCUUGUUUCCAAGAUGAAUUUGCAGUAAUAUUUUUACACACCCAAAUGCUCAUGUUUUACAGUAGAGUAACGAGUU